AUGGCGGACCAGGACGGCGCGAAGCGUGCCGCAGGGCUGACGAAACUCUUCAACGCUAUCAUCCAUGGUCGUCGCGAAAUCAAGACGGCGGGCGACAGUAAUCGAUUUUUGGAGGCGUUGUGUGCCCAGGAAGACGCGUCGAAGUGUGUUGAGUGUCUGAUCGCGUCUUCGGCAGGGCUAGCGGCCGUCGGCGUUGCCUUCCGCACCACCAGGGAUAGCGCGUUCCUUAAUGGCUGGGCAACCGCCGUCAUCAAUCAUCUGGCCCAGCCAUCUGUCAAGCAACUCUACGGCGGCCAGUUUCUACAGCGCGUCCUCGAACAGAUCGUCCAGCCUCCUACAUUCUGGAACACCUUCGUGAACGCGCAUGAUGGUCACGUGCUUUCCAGCGAUGGCACUCGCGCAUUCGCGUGGCUGCUACUCGAGCUAUUGUACAGCCGCUCCGAAGACAUCCCCGAUGUGCGAGACGUUGCAGAACGCGCCAAUGAGCACGGAACUUUUAUCAAUUCAGACUCGUUGGAUGUCCGCAAUCUGGGACACAAGAUCAAGCAUGUCUUAGACAGUACAGCUGAUGAUUCCACCGAUGGCCCAGGCGGCCGGCACGACAAUGACUUCGCUCAAAUACACAAAGUCAAGCUCUUACCCACACCAGACGAAUUUGUAUCCGCGGAGCGUCCAUUCUACAGACGCGCUGAUGCCAUCGCGUCGGUUACCCAAGAGACUCGCGGGCUGACUCAUCUCGACAACCAGUUCCGCCUGCUUCGCGAGGAUCUUCUGGGCGAGCUGCGCAACGACUUUCAAAUCGCGACUGGCCAAAAGAAAGGAAGAAAAAAGUUGGUUCUUGACCAACUGGAAUACGUUGGCAUCGACUGUGGCCCAAGUUCGAGACGCAAACACUGCUCUUUGAAGCUUCUUUGCCGCGGUGAUGUCCCCCAGCUACGCAACAUCAAGGGCGUGGACAAUCGCAAAAAGCACCUCGCCAAAAACAAGGGUCUUAUGAAGCAUCAGUCGAUCGGAUGUCUUAUCAGCAACGGACGUAUUAUCGCAUUCGCCACAGUGGAACGCAACGAAGACUAUCUUGCUCGAGAACCCGCGGUUGUCCUGCUGCGACUGCCCGACGUCGGCUCACUAGGACAAGUUCUAAUGGCAUGCAAGACCACUUCAGAUCUCUGUUUUGUACAGGUGGACACCGCUGUAUUCGCCUAUGAGCCCAUCUUGAAGUGUCUACAAUCUAUGACUGAGCUACCACUAGAUGAUCAGCUUCUCAGCCUCACGCCGGACUCUGCUGAGACCACAUCCGGCAUUGAACCGACAGAUAUCGUCGAAACUAUCCGCGAGCGAUGGGAAGAUGAUCUCCAAGACGUCAUCGGGAGUACUCAUCCGAUCAAACUCGAUCAGGCCCAGGCAGAAUCAUUGUUGACAGGAUUGAUGAAGAAGCUGAGCUUGAUUCAAGGGCCCCCAGGAACCGGCAAGAGCUUCAUUGGUGCACUCAUUGCCAAGAUAUUACACGAUCAAACCAACGAGAACAUACUUGUUCUUACAUUUACGAAUCACGCUCUGGAUCAGUUUCUCGAAGACAUACAGAAGGCUGGUAUUCCGCCCGAUUCCAUGGUGCGACUUGGUUCAAAGUCCAAUGCCAACACUCAUGCGCUCCUCAUGAAGAACCAACCAAACGACUACAGGAGGAGUCGAGAGACGUGGACUCUGAUCGACGAACAAAAAGCCCAAGAGACGUCUUAUCACGAUGCUCUACUAGCCAAGAUGGCCGAAUUCGAUUCCGCGCAAUACAACUAUCAAACUUUUCUCGCGUAUCUGGAGUUCUCGGAAGAUUCGGAGUAUUUCGAUGCGUUUGAGCUACCUGACAACGGUGACGACGGUAUGACCGUUGUAGGUAGGAACAACAGACCAGUUGAUGACUACUACCUUAUCCAGAGAUGGAUGGGGGGUCAAGACGCGGGUGUGUUUUCCGAUCAUGCAGCACAAAAUUAUGCACACAUUUGGUGUCUUACGCCCCAGCAGCGCCAUGCGCUCCAGUUGCAGUGGCACAAAACCAUGCUGGAAGAGCAGAUUGCGGAGAUUAGCGCGCUCGCUGACAAGUACAACACGUGUCGCAGUCUGAUCGAUGGCUUGUUCCGAGAGAAGGACUUCCAUGUGCUCGGUCAGAAACGUAUCAUUGGCUGCACUACCACAGCGGCUGCAAUGUACACUGAAGAGAUUCGGAAAGCUUCACCUGGUAUAGUCCUCGUAGAAGAAGCUGGUGAAAUCCUUGAGAGCCAUGUGUUGACAGCUCUUACCCCGACAACGAAGCAACUCAUUCUAAUCGGCGAUCACAAGCAGCUUCGACCCAAGGUCAACAACUAUGCCCUUACAGAAGAGAAAGGGGAUGGAUAUGAUCUCAAUGUCUCAUUGUUUGAACGACUUGUACUCAGUGGGGUUCCACACAUCACUCUGAGCAAGCAGCAUCGCAUGCGUCCUGAGAUUUCGUCCUUGGUCAGAUUCCUCACAUACCCGGAAUUGGAGGAUGCCGAGAAGACGCAAGGUCGGCCAGCUCUACGCGGGUUCCAAAGCAACGUCAUGUUCGUGUCGCAUUCAUGCCCGGAGCUCAACGCCCCACAGAUCGCUGAUAAGCGCGAUGGGGGUGCCAAAUCCAGUAAAGAGAAUCCGUACGAGGCGGAGAUGGUGUUGAAAUGCGUGCGGUAUCUUGGUCAGCAAGGCUAUCGCACAGACGACAUCGUGAUACUGACACCUUAUCUGGGUCAGCUGUAUCUUUUGAUGAACACGCUGUCCAAGGAAAACGACCCCAUAUUGAACGACUUGGAUUCCCAUGAGCUGAUCCAAGCGGGUCUGAUGAACCCAGCUAGCGCGAACAUCUCCAAACGCAAGCUUCGCAUGUCAACCAUCGAUAACUACCAAGGAGAAGAGAGCGAUAUCGUGAUCGCAUGUCUUACACGAAGUAACGACAUUGGAGACAUCGGUUUCAUGUUUUCUCCCCAGCGAGUCAAUGUACUACUUUCGCGAGCUCGCAAUGCUUUGAUCAUGGUUGGCAACGCAGACACCUUCAUGAACAGCCGUAAAGGCAAGGAGGUAUGGGUACCGCUUAUGGAUCGGUUAAAGCGAAAUGGUCACGUUUACGAUGGGUUUCCUGUCAAAUGCGAGCAGCAUCCCGACAAGACCGCACUCCUGACCGAAAAGGAGCACUUCGACACGGUAUGCCCAGACGGCGGCUGCGAUGAGCCGUGUGGCAAAUUGCUCAAUUGCGGUGUGCACACCUGCCCCCAGCGAUGUCAUCAACUGCAGGACCACUCGCGGAUGGAGUGCAAAGCCAUCAUCUCUUCAAUAUGUCCAAACAAUCAUAAGACCACGAGGAAGUGUCAUGACAAGGCGCCAGCGCACUGUCAGAAAUGCGAGGCUGAAGUGCGAGCGCGAGAGAAGAAGCUUCAACGAGAUCACGAGCUAGACAAACAGCGAGACGCAAAACAACGCGCAUACGCCGCUCGACUAGUCGAGAUUGAGGAAGAGAUGGAGCACCAGAAGCGCCUUCUGAAAGAGCAGGCAGAGGAAAGAGAUCGCCAGCAAGCGCUCGAGCAGAAGAAGCAAGAUCUUCGCAACCUGCAGAAGAAAGUCAAGGAAUCCGGAAAAGUUUCAUUUCCAGCAUUUUCGACAUCUCGUACUAUGCCGAUACCGCCGACCGGGACUGCAGAACGACAAGGCGAUCAAGCAGCGCCAAGUACAACGACUGAUCACCGUGAUGAUAGCCCGACCAAUGACGAAUCGACGUCGUCAGAUUCGGACGAGGACCAGCCUGAUUGGGACAAGAGCGAAGCCAGAGAUGAUUGGGAAUGGCAGAAGAAAUUCGAGGGUGCGGAAAACGAAGCUCUCGACUCCCUGGUACCUAUGAUAGGGCUAGAGUCCGUCAAGCAGCAGUUCCUCGCGAUCAAAGCUAAAGUUGAUACGGUCGUACGUCAAGGUGUAUCGCUUAAGGGGGAGCGUUUCGGUGCUGCCCUGCUAGGCAAUCCUGGAACAGGAAAGACGACUGUGGCUAGGCACUACGCUAAAUUCCUAGUCGAGGUAGGAGCUUUGCCUGGUGGCCAUUUCAUUGAGAGCUCUGGAUCGGCUCUCGCGAAUGACGGCGUGUCCGCUUGCAAAGCCCACAUUGACGAGAUACUCCAAGCAGGAGGCGGUGUGUUCUUCAUCGAUGAAGCAUAUCAAUUGGUAUCUGGAAACAGUCCCGGCGGCAAAGCAGUGCUGGACUACCUGCUUGCUGAAAUGGAGAACUUGACUGGCAAAGUCGUAUUUGUUCUCGCAGGUUACCACAAGCAAAUGGAAGCAUUCUUCUCUCACAACCCUGGCCUUCCGAGCCGCAUACCUAUCAGAAUGGAGUUCCAGGACUACGAAGACCGCGAGCUACAACAGAUCUUCUGCCAGUACAUUGACAAGAAGUACUCCGGACGCAUGAAGAUUGAAGACGGCAUGGGAGGCCUUUACGUACGUAUCGUUGCGCGGCGCAUUGGUCGUGGUCGCGGCCGCGAUGGCUUUGGUAACGCCCGCGAAGUCCAGAACAAGAUCGCCCAGAUUACCGAGCGACAAGCCAAGCGUCUGCGUAAAGCAAGAAAGGCUGGCACGAUGCCGGAUGACUACCUGCUUACCAAGGAGGAUCUGAUUGGGCCGGAGCCUUCUUCAGUACUCAAGAACAAUGCUGCGUGGUCAAAGCUGCAGAAGCUCACUGGCUUGGCCUCGGUCAAAGAGUCGGUACGAGUGCUUCUCGACGGGAUACAAACCAAUUACCAGCUCGAGCUGAAGGAGAAGCCUAUCAUCCAGUAUUCUCUAAACCGUUGCUUCGUCGGUUCUCCAGGAACUGGAAAGACUACCGUAGCCAAACUCUACGGUCGCGUUCUGGCUGACAUUGGGCUUCUUUCGCUUGGCGAAGUCAUCGUAAAAAACCCAGCAGAUUUCGUCGGAAAUGUCUUAGGGGGCUCAGAAGCCAACACCAAAGCCAUCCUGGCUUCUACCGUCGGCAAAGUUCUCAUCAUCGAUGAAGCUUAUAUGCUAGCUACAGCUAACGCCCCUAACGGUGGUGACAUUUUCAAAGCUGCAGUCAUUGACACCAUCGUUGCCGAAGUCCAGAGCACUGCAGGUGAAGAUAGAUGCGUGUUGCUGCUGGGUUACAAAGACCAGAUGGAAGACAUGUUUCGGGAUGUCAAUCCCGGCCUUGCGAGGCGGUUCCCGCUAGAAUCUGCGUUUGUGUUUGAGGACUUCAAUGACACUGAGAUCCGUCAGAUCUUUGACUUCAAGCUCAAGGGAAUUGGAUUUGAUGCGAAAGACCAGGCCAAGAAGGUCGCCAUGGAAGUCAUCCAACGCGCGCGCAACCGCCCAAACUUCGGCAACGCAGGCGAGGUCGAUAUCCUGCUGGAUCGCGCGAAGGCGUUACAUCAAAAGCACAUAUCCUCGGGCAAAGUCAAGCAAUUUGGCACUUUCGAAGCCAUCGACUUUGAUCCUGAUUUCGACCGCGGUACUCGUGCAGCAACCGAAGUUUCGGCCCUAUUCCAAGAUGUCGUAGGAUGCGAGGAACUGAUCAAGCAGUUCCAGGGUUACCAAACCACAGCUGCCAACAUGAAAGCUCUUGGAAUGGACCCUCGCGAGCAGAUACCUUUCAACUUUCUCUUCAAAGGACCGCCAGGCACCGGCAAGACUACCACGGCUGCAAAGAUGGGCAAGAUCUUCUACGACAUGGGCUUCCUCAGCCAGGCGAAAGUGGAAGAAUGUUCCGCUACCGACUUGGUCGGCCAGUACGUUGGGCACACCGGGCCCAAGGUUCAGAAGCUCAUGGAGAAAGCCCUGGGUAAGGUACUCUUCAUCGACGAAGCCUAUCGUCUGGCAGAGGGCCACUUCGCGACGGAAGCGAUGGAUGAGCUAGUCGACUGCCUCACCAAACCCAAGUAUGCGCAGAAGCUCGUCAUCAUUCUGGCCGGCUACGACAAAGACAUUGACCGACUGAUGAGUAUGAACCCCGGGCUCACCAGCCGCUUCCCCGAAACAGUCAUGUUCAAGCACAUCGACCCAGAAAUAUGUCUGAAGCUUCUUGUCAAAGUGCUCUCAGAUCUGCAGAAGAAGAAGAAAGCGCCGCUUGACCUUUCCGUUAUCGAUCCGCCAUCAUCGCAACUACGCCAGCAGCUACUGGACCUCUUUGGCAGGCUAUCAGUCCUGGAGUCCUGGGGUAACGCUCGCGACGUUAAAUCGCUCGCGAAGAGCAUGUUUCAAGCACUCAUCUCUACAGCCGUGCCUCCCAUCACCAGCCUCGUACUCACUGAACCUAUUAUCAUCCGUACUAUGGAAGACAUGAUAGACGAACGUUCACGGCGGCAUGCCGCGGCAGGCACGAGCCGGUCAGGAAAGCGAAUGCCUAAUCGCCCCAUGCCCCCACCACAGACUCAGAAUCCGACGCCGCCUAGUGCGCAAGGCCCAAACACCUCGACAAAUACCGCAGCCCCACCACCAACAGCCGGGACCAAUACGGACAAAUCGGAAGGCGACAAGCAGCCAACGGAAAAGAAGCCCGAACCCGCGACUGAGCCUGAAGACCCGUUCGCUUCUAUCCUCAAAGUCAAGCGCGAUGCCGGUGUUUCCGACGAAGUAUGGGAGCAACUCGAACGCGACAAGCACGCCAUGGUGGCCAAAGAAAACGAAUACCGCCAACUCCAAGAAGAGAAGCGACAGUACGAAGAGCAGAUCAAGGAAUUCAUCCGUGCCGAGAAGGCAGCUGCCGACGAAGCGGAGCGACGCAUCCGUGAACAAGCGCGUAUAGCAGCGGAACUUGAGAGACGACGUCGCGACGAGGUGUUAGCGGCUGUCGAGAAGGCGCGACAGAAGGAGAUGGAGAAGCUGAAGAAGCUGAAGGUAAUGGGACCAUGUCCGAUGGGGUACAUGUGGAUCAAGCAGUAUAGCGGGUAUAGAUGCGCUGGUGGAAUGCACACGCUGUCUGUCGACCAGAUUGACGCGUAUUGUCGCUGA